UGAAUAAUCUGCUGCUACAAAUAUUUUCAAUGUUACCUUCUUCUAAGAACCUCGAAAAAUUAUCCAAAAAAUCUGAAAGUGAUAAAAAUUUGUGGAUAAGAAUCUCCAUUGGAUGUCAAAACACAAACACAGACUCACUAUACACCAACACUCCUACCACUUGAACUACAUGGAUUUACAUGCACCGCUCCUCACCCAACCAUGCACCUCCAUUUCUCCCUCUGAGCUCCUCCACUGUCCACCUCAACAGUAUCCAUCUAGGAGAAGAUGGCUUUCUAACUGUCUGUGGACGAUCUGAAGCCUAAUCUGCUCAAAGAAAGGUGGCACUGAAGAAAAAUUGGGAAGGCUUUUAUCUGAGAAGGCCAUUUUAUUUAUUAGCAUGGGCAGACACCAAGAUGGAACAACUAUAAGCAAGGACUUGGGUCGAACAUCUCCAUUCAUGGAACCACAUCUGCACAAGAAGGACCAAGUACAUCUAAUCUCGAAUUCUGUACAGUCAAAACUUCAAUCCUGCUGUGUUGCCUGUUUGGGUAAAAACAGUUGCAGAAUUGUUCGUUCAAGAACAAAGCUUAUGAAUGUUUUGAUUGAAAGGGGGAAGCCCCAUGAAGCCCAUUCUAUUUUCAAUAGUUUAGUAGAUGAAGGACACAGACCAACUCUUAUAACCUACACAACACUUAUAGCUGCCUUGACUAAACAGAAACGUUUCAAGUCCAUUCCUUCAAUCCUCUCGAAAGUCAAAGAGAAUGGUAUGAAGCCUGAUUCAAUACUUUUCAAUUCUAUGAUCAAUGCUUUUACCGAAUCUGGUAAGGUAGAUGAUGCCAUGAAAAUCUUUAGAAAAAUGGAGGAGAAUGGAUGUAGGCCUACAACUAGCACUUUUAACACACUUAUUAAAGGAUAUGGAAUUGCUGGUAAGCCUGAAGUAUCUUCGAAAUUGCUAGAGCUUAUGUCAAAGGUUGAAUAUGCAAAACCCAAUGACAGAACAUAUAACAUUCUUGUUAGAGCCUGGUGUAAAAAGAAGAGAAUAGAUGAAGCAUGGAAUGUGGUGUAUAAGAUGGUUGCAGCCGGUAUACAACCUGAUGCUGUCACUUUCAAUACAUUAGUGAGGGCUUAUGCUGAGAAUGGGGAGACAAGUAGGGCAGAAAGGAUGAUUUUCGAGAUGCAGAACAACAAGGUGGAGCCCAAUGAGCGGACUUGUGGCAUCAUUAUAAAUGGGUAUUGUAAAGAGGGAAAUAUGACCGAUGCCUUGAGGUUUGUUUACAAAAUGAAGGAUCUUAGUGUGCACCCAAAUCUUGUUGUUUUCAACUCUCUUAUCAAGGGCUUCCUGAACAUUACAGACAGUGAUGGAGUCAAUGAGGUACUGACAUUAAUGGAAGAAUUUGGGGUCAAACCAGAUGUAAUAACAUUUAGUACCAUCAUGAAUGCGUGGAGCUCAGCAGGACUCAUGGGAAAAUGCCACGAGAUCUUCAAUGACAUGGUGAAAGCCGGCAUAGAACCUGAUAUUCAUGCAUUCAGCAUUCUUGCAAAAGGCUAUGUACGUUCUGGUGAGCCCGGGAAGGCAGAGUCACUUCUGACUUCCAUGACCAAAUCUGGUGUGCCUCCAAAUGUUGUUAUCUUCACCACCAUUAUAAGUGGUUGGUGCAGUGCAGGCAAAAUGGAGCGUGCUAUGAGGGUUUAUAACAAAAUGUGCGAAAUGGAUAUUUCCCCCAAUCUAAAAACUUUUGAGACCUUAAUGUGGGGAUAUGGAGAAGCAAAGCAGCCUUGGAAAGCAGAAGAAUUGAUGCAAAUCAUGGAAGAGAAGGGUGUUUCCCCUGAAAGAAGCAGUAUCCAGCUUGUUGCUGAUGCAUGGCGUGCUAUAGGCUUAUUGACUGAAUCCAAGAGAAUUCUAAACGAGGCAGAAGAAGAAGUGGAAGUAGCACAAAACAAUAGGAGAAAUGAGAUAACUUCGGAGAGUCUGGAGACAAUUUCUAAGAGACAACAAUUGAGAGCUUCUUAUUCUAACAUUUUGCAGGUGCCUGGAGUUUUUGUUACUGAUCAUGAUGGGUCAUCUGCCACCAGCAUAAGAAGCAAGAUGGUUUCGAAAGGAUUCGAGUUUUCAUCUGAAAACAUGCGCAAUGCUUCAACGACAUUUAUGUUUCUUUCCCAUAGAAGUGCAUUCAGAGUGCAGCCGUUGAUAAAAUGUAGGAAGCAAUUUCAAAGUCAGGUUGGGAUGCAUGGCUCGUUUGUAAAUACAUGUAAAGUGGUGUUCAUAUACUGAUGAGAAAACAUACGUGGCUGCAACGAAGCUGUCUCCUGCCUGAGAAUAUUUUGAUUUGUUCCCUGAAAUUCAGGAGUCUUGAUGAUUCUUUGCAAUUCAAAACUAGCUGUUCAUAUUUGGCAUGCAGCAUGACUAUAUACAGAUCCAAUUCCAAGUCUAUUGGAAACCAGUUGUUGGUAAUAUUGUAAUUUAGUCCAGUCAAAAAUGUAUAAUAUAUGUUGAUAAUUCAGGUUCAAACAGCAAUAUUUGUCAAUUUUCUUUAUAUAAUUUAUGAAAAUACUUCCUACUCUGGAAAAUAUAA